AUGGAUGCUCAGACUAUCAUCUUACAUUUAAAGGAAAUGUUUGAUGAGCAAUCAAUGACUGAAAGGUAUGAGAUCUCAAAGGAAUUAUUCCGAUGCAAGAUGGCCGAAGGUGCAUCUGUGAAUGCACAUGGACUAAAGUUGCUUGGAUAUAUUGAAUAUCUAGGCCAUCUUGGUUUUGUGAUGGACCAUGAAUUAAGAAUAGACUUACUUUUGCAAUCUCUACUUGACAGUUAUUCGCAGUUUGUUAUGAACUUUCAUAUGAAUAAGUACGAUACUGAACUUAUUAAUAUGUUAAAAACUGUGGAAGGCACUAUUAAGAAGCAAAAUGGUGUUGUACUAAUGGUAGAACCUUCUAAGGCUGCUAAGAGUAAGUCUAAGAAGAAAGGGAAAAGAAGGCCUAGAAGCCCAAGAAAGCCUUAA